UCGAAGAAAAGGGGUCUCUCAUUGGAAGAGAAGCGCGAGAAGAUGCUUCAAAUCUUCUACGAGUCCCAAGACUUCUUCCUGCUUAAGGAGCUCGAGAAGAUGGGUCCCAGAAAGGGGGUAAUCACUCAGUCUGUGAAAGAUGUUGUCCAAAGUUUAGUGGAUGAUGACCUUGUUUCCAAAGAUAAGAUAGGAACUUCUGUUUACUUCUGGAGUCUUCCUAGCUGUGCUGGAAAUCAGCUUAGGAACGUGUACCGCAAACUUGAUUCUGAUCUGCAAAGCAGUAAGAAACGGUAUGCCCAACUUGCUGACCAGUGUGAGGAACUAAAGAAAGGGCGAGAGGAAUCUGAUGAACGAGAGGAGGCCCUUGCGGAUCUAAAAGCCAUUGAGCUCAAGCAUAACGAAUUGAAGGAUGAGUUGGCAAAGUAUAGAGACAACGAUCCAGCUGCCUUUGAAGCAAUGAAGGAAGCAAUUGAAGUUGCCCAUGCAUCAGCCAACAGAUGGACAGACAACAUUUUCACCCUGAUGCAGUGGUGUUCAAACAACUUCCCUGAGGCUAAGGAACAACUUGAAACCAUGUACAAGGAGGUUGGUAUAACAGAUGAUUUUGACUAUUUGGAGUCCGCGCCUGUCCCACUCAAAGCAGUUGCUGAUUAA